UUCGGACUGUUGCAUCAAAUCGAGCACGCGUCUCCCUCUACCGAAGGAGAGCCAGCGACUCGAUAUUGUUCGUCGAAGUUAUUGCGAUCGUGUUCGAGUUCCAUCGAAAGGCUGGAUCUUACUGGAACGUGUCAUACGAGCAGCGAACUUGAAUUUCAACCAGCAGUCACCAGGUAUCGAAGCUCAACAUCAGAAUCGAACAUAGAAUUUGUAUAUUUCAAGAAAAUGGCAAGCGAGACUUCUUUUACCGCUUUAUUGGAGGAUUCGUUUUCGGAUAAUGACAAAAGUACCGAGGAUUAUUCGUCCAAUUUAAAAGACGCUUUGGAGAACCUGACCGAGAGAUACGACACGGAGUUGUUGCAACAGGCUCUACAACGAUCUUUGUCCUCGUGUUCGGAUAAUUUGCUCGCUGAGAAAAUUUUCAACGAAAUACUUCCUUUCGCCUAUUAUCUUUUAUCCGAGGCUCUGAAGAAAAUUGGCGAAACGAUGAAUACGAACGCGGAUGGACACACGGUGGAAGAUACGAAACGACAAUUGGUCGUGUGUCGCGAAUUACUAAGUGUGUGGGAGAAUUCUAUGGAACGCGUUUCGAAACUCUGUAAAACAUCUGCCACUGCUUUUAAAUGCAUAGUGGAGAACGUGCCUCUUACGAUUAAACUAAUAUUCGAACAUUGUAGAGCAAGUAAAAAAUUGUACGGUACUUUAUUCGAGGACGUAUCGGAGGAAUUAACGAAUCUAUUUCGCAAGGCGAAAACGAUCUUGACUCUAUUCCUGGCCACUUUAGAGAACGUAAUAGUCUUCGACACGGAUACGGAAUCGGAAACGGAACUAUUGGUAAAAGUAAUCGAUUCGAUCGGAUCGUUCGUUACCAUCUCGCGCGAACUGGAUUUGAAAACGUUCGUGGAAACGUCGAAAAUAUUCGGUAAAUUGGCGAUUACGAAUCAACAUCACGUAAAACGAAUAAACGCUAUGAACGUCACUUUGCAGCUUACCCAAUUCACAAAAGAUGUAUCCUCGAUGCUGCUAUUUUGCCAGGACUCAAGUGAUCGGGUACAAGAACGAACGAUAAAAGUUAUUGGACACUCGUUAAAAAUUUUGGACAGACUGUUUGCAGUUUAUUGUUCACACAUAAAUAACGAAAUUCUUCCGUGUGUGAUCGAACUUUUGCUAAAGAUGCACAGGUGCUCUCCGCUGUGUUUACAAAACUCGCAAAUUGAUAGCAAACUGAUGGAUCUAAUAAACAUUCAAAUCUCGAAGGGAUCGGAACCAUUUUUGAAUACCGUUUUCAAAUCAUCCGAUUUUAAACAGGCGUUCUUCGAUUAUAGAAAUCAGGCAAAUAUCGAUAAUUUAGGCUACCAUCUGUUAACGGUUAAUAUCAUGAAAAAAUUAAUUUACAUGCCAUACGAGCAACAUUGCAAAUGGACAUUAGGCGCCGAAUCGAUCAUCGAUGUCGCGUUAAGCAACAUUAAUCACUUGCAGGAGGAGAUUUGCGUGGGUCAAGUGAAAUUACCAGGCGUACACGAUAUUGGAGAAAGAUCGAGAUCCGCCUCGAUAUACGAAGCCACGAUAGUACCAAUUUGUGGACUGAUCAGUCAAAUUCCUGCAGACGGAUUUCACGCUGUAGAGUUGAUUUUAUUGAAGCAUUUAUUAAGCAAUCAACUUUGGAGUUCUUUGCUUAGUUCGGAUAUUUGGUGCUUCGUCGGCCGUAUUGGUUCUUUAGAACUUUGCGCUGGUCACGUGAAAUACCUCUUGAACGUUUAUGCUGUUUUAAUGAGACGUAGCAACAGCCUCGAGAUCGUUAUGUUGGAGAACUUGAUUGGAAGAUUGUACAAUUUGCUCCCGGAGGAAAUGAAGCACACCGUUAUAACGGAGCUCGAUGAUCUGGAAAAUCCAUGCUGGCUGGCCGUCGCGCGAUUUUUGCCCCCGAAAACAAAAGCGUUCUUGCAGAAUCGAUUGGCAUGCGUAUUAAACGAGAUACCGCGCUCGUUCGUCGAAUUACAGCGACAGCCUACUGUACAGAAUUGGAAUCGUAUCACGAUGCUGAUGUCGCUUAUCGGAAAACUCAACUACACGGAGGAGAAAAAUACCAUCGAUAUUCUAUCCCAAAUAUGGAACUCGAUCGCAAGCACGAUCGAAAUUUUCGAAGGCAAACAGCUGGAUGUGUUAUCGGAAUUUACGUCGAAACUGUUGAGUGCUACGCAGCCUGAAAAAAUUCAAGACGAUACUUUCUUCUCGAUCCUAGAAGCAGUUUUAACGUCGCUGUUAUGUCUCCCGCCACACGUAAAGGCAGUAGCGUCGUAUUACUUGAGAAACAGUAUCGAUUCCUUUGAUAACUGUGGGAUUAAAACGGUUAAUGCAUUAACGGAGCUCAAUUGUCGACUUUUGGAAGAUGAAAAUCCAUGGGUACGACAGGAAGCUUUCGAAACGUUUGAUUAUGUAGCUCACAUGUGUCCGAACGAGGAUCUUGUGACUAAAAUGGCAGCCGCGGUUACAAGAAAGUCGUCGUUGAGAGAUUCUUUGCCUGCUUAUCUUUCCGGCACGAUUUAUUACGAGCUUCAGGAUUUUUCAGAUAUUCGAGAUUAUUUGCAACAUAUAGCGAAACAUUCACAAAAUGUUUACCAUGUUUGUAACAAUUACGAGGAUUGUCAAAGGGACCAAAAACUCGCUAAAUUGGAAAUCGAGUCUAUCGAAACUUUCGAUAAAAACUCGCCUUUAAGUCAGCUCGAUGAACACGUAAGCGAAAUAUGUGACGAAUUGAAUGAUAUAUUAAAAAAAAGUAGUGAUAUAACAAAUCACGUGAUGCGAAGACUACGGUUAAUUUGCAUGAAGAUUUUGGAUCUGACUGAAUCCAAAUAAGUCGUAUUCGAAUACAUUUUGUAUAAUAAUUUCUAACUUUUUAUGUCGGAAGAAUAAGCGCGCAAAAUGAUCGAACAAAUAAAUAUAAAUACUCUUUUUAUUUUCAUUAAGAAUCCUUCACAAUUGUGCUAAGAAUAAGAACAAUUUAAAUAAAUCUUCUUAAUAAUACCUAUAUUGUAGAAAAAUUAGGCCUAAGAUCAUUUUAUUUCUUUAAUGUUAAUUUUUUGCGGACGGCGUCGCUCGACGACCGAUCAUCGCUGUGGACGAGAGGUAUUGGUGCGCGCAGUUGA